CAGCCUCCGUGUUCAGCCGCCCAGCCGCUCCCGCAGUCGGGCUGGGGCCCCUCGCCGCACCCCGCGCAGUCCUCCUCCUGCCAGACCCUGGCGGUCCCCUCCCCAGGCCAACGACGGAGAGAAAGGGUCUCCAGGCAGGCUCCAUAUCCUGAGCUUUGGGAUCCCCCAGGACUCUCUCUGGUCCCCCAGGCUCUGAGGCCUGGUCACGUUGUCCUGUGCCUGGCCCACCUGAGUUUCUGAGGCCCAGGAUGCCAUAGAAGCCUGGAAAAUUAUAAGCAGAUGUGGGCGCCUCAGGGAGGCGUAGAGCAGGGAGCCGGGGCGGCUCGAGGAGCCCUGAACACAGAAUCCCAGCCGGCCACCAGGGCAGGAGCUCAAGGGGCUCAGCCCCUCCCGAGCUCAGGAGCGAGAACAGACCCAUCCGAGGCCCUGACCCGCUUCCCACCCACUGGACACCCGGCCCUCCAGGCCUGUGGCCGCCCUGUCCCUGUGCUGCUCCCCGCCUGGCCCUGUUGCCAGCCUCUGCAAUGUCGCCACCUCUGUGCUCCCUUCUUCUCCUGGCCCUGAGCCUGAGGCUGGCUGGAACCCUCAACCCCAGUGACCCCAACACCUGCAGCUUCUGGGAAAGCUUCACCACCACCACCAAGGAGUCCCAUUCCCGCCCCUUCAGCCUGCUCCCCUCCGAGCCCUGUGACCGGCCCUGGGAGAGUCCCCACGCCUGCCCCCGGCCCACGGUUGUCUACAAGACCGUGUACCGCCAGGUGGUGAAGACGGCGCACCGCCGGCGCCUGCAGUGCUGCCGGGGUUUCUAUGAGAGCAGUGGGGCCUGUGUCCCGCUAUGUGCCCAGGAGUGUGUCCAUGGUCGCUGUGUGGCACCCAAUCAGUGCCAGUGUGUGCAAGACUGGCGAGGUGACGACUGUUCUAGUGCAUGUGCGCCCGGAGUGUGGGGACCACAGUGUGACAAGCCCUGCAGCUGUGGCAACAGCAGCUCCUGUGACCCCAAGAGUGGAGGAUGUUCCUGCCCCUCUGGCCUGCAGCCCCCACACUGCCUUCAGCCCUGCUCCCCCGGCCACUAUGGUCCCGCCUGCCAGUUCCGCUGCCAGUGCCAUGGAGCACCCUGUGACCCCCAGACUGGAGCCUGCUUCUGCACCCCAGAGAGAACUGGGCCCAGCUGUGAGGUGUCCUGUCUCCAGGGCAAUGUUGGCUUCUCCUGCCCCAGCACCUAUCCUUGCCACAACGGAGGUGUCUACCAGGCCCGCCAGGGCUCCUGCAGCUGCCCCCCUGGCUGGAUGGGCACCAUCUGCUCCCUGCCCUGCCGGGAGGGCUUCCAUGGACCCAACUGCUCCCAGGAAUGUCGCUGUCACAACGGUGGCCUCUGUGACCGAUUCUCCGGGCAGUGUCACUGUGCUCCAGGCUACACUGGGGACCGGUGCCGUGAGGAGUGUCCUGUGGGCUACUUCGGGCAGGACUGUGCUGAGACGUGCGACUGCGCCCCCGGCGCCCGCUGCUUCCCGGCCAACGGCGCGUGUCUGUGCGAACACGGCUUCACUGGGGACCGCUGUGCUGAGCGCCUCUGUCCCGACGGCCUCUACGGCCUCAGCUGCCAGGUGCCCUGCACCUGCGACCCGGAGCACAGCCUCAGCUGCCACCCGAUGAGCGGGGAGUGCUCGUGCCUACCGGGCUGGGCGGGCCUUCACUGCAACGAGAGCUGCCCGCAGGACACGCACGGGCCGGGCUGCCAGGAGCACUGCCUUUGCCUGCACGGCGGCGUCUGCCAGCCGGACAGCGGCCUCUGCCGAUGUGCGCCCGGCUACACGGGCCCGCACUGCGCUAGCCUCUGUCCCCUUGACUCUUACGGAGUUAACUGCUCCGCACGCUGCUCCUGCGAAAAUGCCAUUGCCUGCUCGCCCAUCGACGGCACGUGCGUCUGCAAGGAAGCUGCCAGUGUGCCCAUGAGGCAGCCUGCAGCCCACAAACAGGAGCCUGUUCCUGCACCCCUGGGUGGCAUGGGGCUCACUGCCAGCUCCCCUGCCCGAACGGGCAAUUUGGUGAAGGCUGUGCCAGUCGCUGUGACUGUGACCACUCUGAUGGCUGUGACCCUGUUCAUGGACACUGCCAGUGCCAAGCUGGCUGGACAGGCACCCACUGCCACCUGCCCUGCCCUGAGGGCUUCUGGGGAGCCAACUGUAGCAACACCUGUACCUGCAAGAAUGGGGGCACCUGCAUCCCGGAGAAUGGCCACUGCGUGUGUGCACCUGGAUUCCGAGGCCCCUUCUGCCAGAGACGUGAGGCUCCCUGUCCUGCCCCUGCCUGCCAGCAAUAGGACGUGGUGCAGUGCCAGAUACCAGAUGCUCCUACCCGCCUUGGUCUCUUCUCCAGAUUCCAAUCUUUGGGCCACUUACCGCUGUGGGAAGGAGGGAGAGAGAGUGGGGUCAGGGCUGACGGAGGGUCGGCCCUGCCCCCAUCACCAUGACCCCUUUCCCCCAGCCUGUCAGCCCGGCCGCUAUGGCAAACGCUGUAUGCCCUGCAAGUGUGCUAACCACUCCUCCUGCCACCCCUCGGAUGGGACCUGCUACUGCCUCGCUGGCUGGACAGGCCCGGACUGCUCCCAGCCAUGCCCUCUAGGACACUGGGGCGCUAACUGCUCCCAGCCCUGCCAGUGUCGCCACGGUGGGACCUGCCACCCCCAGGAUGGGAGCUGCUUCUGCCCCCCAGGCUGGACUGGACACUUCUGCUUGGAAGGCUGCUCUCCAGGGAUGUUUGGUGCCAACUGCUCCCAGCCAUGCCAGUGUGGUCCUGGGGAGAAGUGCCACCCGGAGACUGGGGCCUGUGUGUGUCCCCCAGGGCAUAGUGGUGCCCCUUGCAGGAUUGGAAGCCAGGAGCCCUUCACCAUGAUGCCCACCUCUCCAGUGGCCUAUAGCUCGCUAGGGGCAGUGAUUGGCAUUGCAGUGCUGGGGGCCCUGGUGGUGGCCCUGGUGGCUAUGUUCAUUGGCUACCGCCAUUGGCAAAAAGGCAAGGAGCACCAACACCUGGCAGUGGCCUACAGCAGCGGGCGACUGGACGGCUCUGAGUAUGUCAUGCCAGAUGUCCCUCCGAGCUACAGUCACUACUACUCCAACCCCAGCUACCACACCCUGUCACAGUGCUCACCUAAGCCCCCGCCCCCUAGCAAGGUUCCAGGCAGUCAGCUGUUCGCCAGCCUCCAGGCUCCUGAGCGGCCAGGUGGAGCCCACGGGCAUGAUAACCACGCAACGCUGCCUGCUGACUGGAAGCACGGCCGGGAGCCUGCCCCGGGGCCUCUGGACAGGGGGAGCAGCCGCUUAGACCGAAGCUACAGCUGUAGCUGCGGCAACAGUACUGGCCCGGGCCCGUUCUAUAGCAAAGGGCCCAUCUCUGAGGAGGGGCUGGGGGCCAGCACGGCUUCCCUGAGCAGUGAAAACCCCUAUGCCACCAUCCGUGACCUGCCCAGCCUCCCAGGGGACCCCCGGGAGAGUAGCUACGUGGAGAUGAAAGGCCCUCCUUCAGGAUCUCCCCCCAGGCAUCCUCUUCAGCUCCGGGACAGCCAGAGACGGCGACACCUCCAGCCACAGAGAGACAGUGGCACCUAUGAGCAGCCUAGCCCUCUGACACACGACCGAGACUCUGUGGGUUCCCAGCCCCCCUUGCUGCUGGGCCUGCCCCCUGGCCACUACGACUCACCCAAGAACAGCCACAUCCCUGGACACUAUGACCUGCCUCCAGUACGGCAUCCCCCAUCACCCCCACUUAGGCGCCAGGACCGCUGAGGGGUCAAGGUGGUGUGCAGAGGUCAGCAUGCCUGUUCUUUGCUGCCCAGGGCUGGGGAUGGGGCCUGUGUUACCCUGCCAGGAGCAGGGAGAGGACCGGCAGGCGGUGAACAUUGAACAGAGGAAGUGAAUGGAGAGGAGACGAGAACCUGGCUCCCAGGUUCUAUCAUGGAAGACACUGGUCGGCAGGCAGGCUGGGUUCCCCUUCCCUAACCCACUGCUCCCAAGGCCCCCAGGGCCUGGUGUACAUAAACUGGUGGGUUGAAUGUUGCUGGAUAACUCUGUAAAUUUAUGUAAAAAAUG